GAAGGGACUGAGGGGGGAGGACAGGUGUGAUCCUCCACAGCUCAGGUGUUUGUUUAGAGCGGUGGUGGAGAGCAGGGGAUUAGAGGAUUACGGACGGUGUCGUUGGUCAUGUGAGUUGCCGUGGUCGACACUGACCCUGCUUACCUCUCUCUCAGUAAGGAAGCUUAGCCCGGCCAUGAAGAUGUCAGGCUUCUUUUUGGUGCAUUUUACACAUGCACAGCUCAUCCAUGCCCCCACAAAUCCAGCAGGAUUCCCUGUUGUUUCUAUCUGAAGGAAUAGCAAAGGAAAUAGAAGAAAGAGGAAUAACACUUUGCAGAAUCAGAAGCGGUAGCUCACAUCAUGUCCGGACUGUGAGGAGUAAACACGGCAGCAACCUUGGCCUUGGAACAUGAUUGUCUAUGGGGGCCUGAAGGGGUGACGGCCGGACAGGUGGCUGCUCCAAUGGCUUGGGCCGAGCCACGGUCCCGUCCAGACCCCGAGCUUGAACCAAAACCAGCACCCCGCGGUCUAAAGACCCAAGACACUUUUCCAUCAGUGACCCUUCAAGUCCAGCCUCCAGUUUUACUGCCCUUCCUGCUUCUGCUCGCUGCCUUCGCUGACCUGGGCACUGCUGGCCCACCACAGCCAGCGUGGCCGCCUCUCCUGUCUGGACAGCCUUUCAUCAUCUUCUGGGGCAUCCGUGACUCCUCCUGCUCUGGCCGGCCAGAUCCCAGAUCUUUUGGGAUGGAACGGGAGGGCCGCGUGGCCGUCUUUUAUGAGGACACGUUGGGGAACUACCCUUAUUUCCUAGACAAAGACACACCUGUCAAUAGGGGGCUACCACAGCACACCCGGAUGCGAGACCACCUCCAGAAGACACAGCAGGACGUGGAGGCGGCCUUACCCGCCCCGAGGUACCUUGGGUUGGGGGUGCUACGCUGGGCCGAGUGGGUCCCCCAGUGGUCAAGAAACCGAGAGAGGCAGACGAUCUAUCUGGAUGAAACCAGAGACCUGAUGAAGACUUUCUUUCCUGGCUGGACGCCGGAGGAGGUGGAAAAGUGGUCAAAGGUGGACUUUGAGGCAGCAGCCCAGUCAGUAAUGAUGGAAACUCUGCGGGAGGUCAAAAGGUUGAGGCCCAAAGCAUUAUGGGGCGUCUCCCCUUACCCCAGCUGCUACAAUGGCGAUCCUGCCCUAACCUCGUUGGCCAAUUACACCGGCCAGUGCCCCGCUACAGAGAUGGCCCUCAACGACGAGCUUCUGUGGCUAUGGAAACGAUGCUCCGCCCUCUACCCUCUCCUCACGCUGGAGAAGCUACAGUGUGGAACCUCUGGAGGCCGGCUUCACCUGUCCAGUGAAAUCCGGGAGGCACUUCGAGUAUCAUCUCUGAGUGGGACUGUGUCUGAUCUUCCUGUAUUCCCAAUCCUCAGGAGUGUUUAUGCAUCAACAAACACUUUCCUGUCACAGGCAGACCUGGUGAGCACCAUCGGGGAGAGUGCUGCCAUGGGAACAGCUGGAGUUGUCAUCUGGGGGAAGAGUGAGACUAAAACAGAGAGAGAGUGUCAAGAGCUGGCAGAGUUUGUCCGCAAGGUCCUGGGACCCUACUCCAUCAACGUAACCACGGCAACCCGACUGUGCUCAGCCUCCCUCUGCCAGGGAAAGGGCCGAUGCGUCCGUCAAAAUCCAGAGAGCUCUGUCUACCUCCACCUACCGCUGCCGUCCGAACCGGUGGCAAAGGUGACAGAAAAGGAAGAGGCGGAAAAAACCACCGAUCAGCCGGAAACAAACACUAAACCAGCCGAACCCGACCCGGCCGAGAUGUGGAAGAAGGACUUCCAGUGCCAGUGGUACGAGACAGCAGACGGGGACGUCUCAGACCAGCAGUCCCCCAAAGACGGGGCAUCUGCUGGAAGGGCAGUAAAAGAAAAUACUGGAGAUGUUUUGGGGAACGCAGCAGCUUCUACGACGAAAGGUGCCUCUGCGAUUGAGUUGAGAGGAAGCAGCUCGCCUGGAGCCGGAAGCCCGACGCCUUCACAGGAAGUAGCUGCAGACGGCGGGACAGAUUCCCAGAGUGUCCCCAUAGUAACCGUCCUGCUGCUGCUGGUGGCUGGACUUCUUUGCCUGGAACCUUAAAUUGACAAACAAACCAUCCUUUACCUGGGAGGUCUGGGCUGUGAGUGAGAGAUGAGCCCUGCUGAAGUGCCCUUGAGCAAGACACUGAAUCCCUGCUGGCUGCAGGUGUGCUGCUUUGUUAAAGAAAUGAAUAAAAAGAUAAGAUUAAAAAAAAAAAAAAAAAAGACACAGGUGUCAAGUUCCAGCUGUGAACUAUCACUGAAUGUGCCAAGCGACAGUAGAGGUAAAAACACGUGUCACUUUUCUCUGUGUCUACAGGCUGAAAUUAACCCUUUAAAGAGAUGUGACACAUCAAAUCCGCCAGGACGUCUACACACUGUCACCAUAGUGACUAGGGACAUCUCUCUUCCAUCCACUUUUAACUGUAGAUUACACUUCCGCACCGCUAGUUUUAGAACUUGCACACAGUUGUUUUUUUUUAUUGCACAUUUUGUUCCUUCCAGUCAUUUUUUUAAACGCUGAUUAUUUCGUCAUUUUAAGGUAUAAAACACAUGAGUAUCUCUUCCCAUGAAGUAGACCCGUUGGGUUCAUUUGAAUUAGGGUGGCAGCAGAAAUGUCAGAGGCAAAUAUUUGAAUUCCUAAACCGGGUUUUUAAUUUAAUCCUCUUGGCAGAUUUACCUAUUUUAUUUGUAGAAAAGCAGUUUGAGAGUCACAUGUUUAUUGUGACAACUUUGGCCUUCCAUCCUCCUGGUUUUACGUUGGAUCGUUGAGGUUGUCCCUCAGAGGCUGAAGUGCAGCUCCUCAUGCUUUGCCUGAGCUCUGGCAGAACCCUGCAAACAUGGUCCAUACUGAAACAUCACAGUAGGAAACGCAUAGUAAGAAGCAAGUGUAAAUGAAUGAAGUGAUGGCUAAAUUCCAUUUCACUGCUGAAGUAUCAGAGUCCUGGAGUCAAGGAGCGUUUAGUCUCACCAGCAUGGAGCUUAUUGUAAGUCAAAGUUGAUUAUAUCUGAAUAUUUUUAAUACACACGCUUCAGUCCUCCCUAAAGCAGUACACUUAUAAAAAAAGAUGAAAACGUUCUUGCAGCUCAUGUGAAUUUAUUUGUUAUUUUUAUUCAUCCAGGAUGUAUAAAUUGUUCUUUAGUUACAGAAAGAGAUCAUAUCUACACAGGUGCGUCAUCUUAUUGUACAACAGAAAAUGAAUAAUCCCACAUUUACACUAUGAACAAGGAUAUUUUCUUUCAUUUCUUCCAUCUCAAGGAUCCUUGGAAAUC